UGCAGCUGUUAUCAUCCUGUAGUGUCUCAUCUUGGGUACCGUUUGUCCUGGUCCCUCACCCAUCCCCGCCGUGGACGUCUUGCAGCGGGUUUGGGUGAUUGCACGGCUCGAUACUCACUGCGCACAUCCGCAGCAAUUAUAGGGGUGUCUUGGGAGGGAUGGCGAUGGAUGCAUGCCCACCCGGCAUUUCUCGCCAAACACAGCAGCUGCAGCGCCCGUUGGCAAGAAUGGCAUCGGCAUUGGCACGGUCCAGCGGCAAUGUGAGCAGCCGGGGCGUUGAGCGCCCGCCCGGUGGGAGCAGGAGCAGGGCGCACUCGCCGCUGCCCGACAACAGGCAGGAGCAGGAGGCGGCACGUGUGCCGCCGGCCCACUUGCAGACCCAGAUAUGGCUGGUGCGGCGCAUGGAGCUGACAGCCUUUGCUCUGCUACUGCUGGGUCAGACGAUCAUGUGGCGACGCACAGCGGCGGCAGAGGCCGCGCUGGUGCUCGAACACAGCAGCUGGCGGCAACACAUGGCAGGAUUGCUGGCCCUCCAGGCAACUGCUCUGGUUACCUUGCUGAGCAUGACGCAGGCUGCCUGGCUGCACUACAGAGUGUUGGUCAUCGUCGGCUUGCAAACAGCCAUGGCAUACAUGGCAUCACGCCUUUCGACAAAGCCGCAGCUGCAGAGUGCAGCCAAAGAGCAGCUGCCGUGCUAUGCCCUGCCUGCGGAGGGAGUGGGACUGCUCCUUCUGCGGCCAGCCUCGCCCGGUGCCGCUGGGGCUGCCGCGGACUGGCUGCGAUUGGCCACCGGCACCCGGGUCUUGCAGGCGGCCGUGGUGGGCAUGGCCCUGCCGCUUCCGCCGCUGGCGGUGCUGGCCCAGCAGGUGGUGCUCAUUCUCCUCAUGACUGCCACGUCCCACAACGUUGCGCACUGCGCUUCGCCGCUGCUGACGCACCCGCUGACGAGGGCACGGCUGCCCGGGGCGUGGAAGGCUCUGGCCGUCCUGCCAGACCUGGGCCUGCUGCGUGCGGAGCCUGGGCAGCCGCACCAGCACCAGCGCGACCUGCUGGCAGCCCCUGAAGCCCAGAGCGAGCUGCAUUGCCUGGCGGUUUUAGUCAUGCAUCAGACCGUGUUUGGUCUGCUGCUGCCAGUCGUUAUUGCCACCUGGACGGCCCGCGCCGCGCCUCUGACCCACCUGCCCACGGCUCACCAACAAGCAGCGGAGCAGCCCUGGGGUAGAGCUGCGGCAGCGGCGGCUGCAGUCGGCCGCACGUGGGACCGUGCAAAUGCAGCUUUGAUGGAACUGUGCUGCGGCGAGGGCUACUGCGGGCUGCAGCUGUGUGUGGCGGCCUGGCUGCUGCUGGGCAACUGCUGGAUGCUGAACGAGGCAGCGGCGGUCCGGCGGGUGGCGGGCGGCUUGCCAGGGUGCGCCUGA